UCCUCAAGAGGAAACAUCUUAUUUGCAACUACCCUGUCACGUCCUGUAAGAAUCUUAUCUUUCGGUACAACUUAAUGGUGAAAGUGGCGAUUCAUCAUGCUGUUAGCCCUUACUGCACCGUGGUUCCAUCUUCUUCAGACCUUAUGAACUCAAGACCUCCGUCAGACAUGUUGAAAGUGGCAUGGAAUCUUGCUUGGUAUGGUGGGAUUGAUCAGGUCCUGGAACAGAAUGGACAUCCAGGAAUUAAUACACCUCCAGAAUUUUUAGAAAACCUGAUGUUGUCUCCUGUCGACAUUACAAUACUUAAAACAACCAAUGUUGCUAAGGGUCUGCAGGACUGUCUUGUUUCCAUUACCGAGGCAACAUCUCACAGUGUUGUUAGUUCUACUCUUGCUAGAAUGAGAUUGUAUUUGUUGAAUGACAAACUAGCUCUGAAACGAGGCACUGGUUCCAGUAUAUCUACAUUACAUGACCUUGAAUGGCAAACAGCGCUGAGCAGAUUUUUACUAGUUCUUCCAGCCUGUAUUGAGGAUGAGAAGCUCCUGGCUGAUGUUUUGGCUUUCCUGAGCAAAAUGUUGAUAGCACAAAGGGAUAGUACAGAUACUCGGGACCUAAAUCUGCUUCUGGAGUUCCUGCUUAGACAGGAAACCAGUCCACUGAUGAAUUUGUUACUGCAAACUGGAUCACCAGCGCAAGGUGAAAUGGAUGAAAUUCAAACUCUUGUUAGGCAGAAACUUCAAAAGGAACUGAUUGGAUUCUUCAACUCAAUAUUGCAAUCUCUCACCUCUGUUACAAACAGAAAAUGCCUGUUGUUGGCUGGUCCUUUCAGAACCCAACUUUCACUUAAGCUUCUACAGUGUCUGCGAAUCACUAAUGCACCACAUUUCUAUGGAUUACCUGCAUUGGAGAGGACACUGCGUGGAAUGGUCUAUGUUACUGCUGUUCCUGGUUGGACCUUACGUUCAACCACUGAGGACCCUUACACACUUUGUAAGAAAUAUUUGACUGGACUGCUGGAGGUCAUUUCAUCAUUUUAUGUGGAAUGGGGCGGAAAUGCAAUGUCUUUUAUGGGUAAAGGAGUCACAAAGAGUGCAGUUAUCUGCUUGCUCCAGCUGUCCUAUGAGAUGAUAACACAGGCUAAAGAUAAGGUAUGA